GUUUGACAAUUUCAAUGAUUUGGGAGCGACGCAACUGAAACGCGAAAGCAGGGCAUGGAAUCUGAAAUCAUGGAUGUAACUCAACACGAGCAAAGAUGAAACAAACCCUUCUGUCUCCCCCUUAAGACUCUUUGGAAGGAAAGUAUCCAUUUUCUCUUAUCUCUCUCUUAACUGCUAACUAGUGAAGCUUAAAAACGCACUCUUUUCCUAAGAAUUACAACAAUGGCAAUUGUUACGUUGAUAAAGGAGUUGUGGGGGGUUCUCCAUUUCGUUUGCUCGUUACAAUUCUGGAGAAUGGCGUUGCUGUGGACGUUCUCUAUUCUAUUCUCUCAUUACCAAUUGCUUAAAGCUUCCAUCUUUUCUCAGAAACUCAUAUCAUAUCCUAGGUGUUCCCCUUCCACAUCUACUCUUAGGCCUGUUUGCGUAAUAACUGGUGCAACAUCUGGCCUGGGAUUAGCUACUGCUUAUGAACUUUCAAAGGAAGGAUAUGUUGUUGUGAUUGUUGGACGAUCGCGGGAGUUAUUGUUGGAGACCAUAAAAAAGAUCAAAGCUUGGAAUGAAGAUGCCCACCUCAAAGAUUUUCAGGUUGACCUGUCAUCAAUUGAGUCAAUCAUGAAGUUCAGAGAGUCCUUGCGGCAGUGGCUUUUGGAUUCUGAUUUGCACUGCUCGGUACAAGUACUGAUAAACAAUGCUGGAAUACUUGCAACAUCACCUAGAGUCACAGCUGAGGGCUAUGAUCAGAUGAUCGGUACAAAUUACAUUGGCGCAUUCGUUUUAACCAAUCUUCUGUUACCACUUCUUGAAAGCAGUCCUGUAUCUUCCAGAAUUGUGAAUGUAGCAUCCUUUACUCAUCGAGCUGUUACUGAUGUGCAGGUUGAUGAGGGAACUGUAUCUGGGAAGAGGUUUUUGAGUUCAAGACAAUAUCCAUAUGCUCAGAUGUAUGAGUAUACUAAAUUAUACCUACUUCUCUUCUCAUAUGAGCUUCACCGACAGCUUUGCCUAAUCAAUAAAUCUCAUCAGAUAUUUGUCAAUGUUGCGGAUCCUGGAAUUGUACAGACAAACAUCAUGCGAGAAAUACCAGUAAGCCUAUCUUGUUUGGCAUUCUCUGUACUGAAACGUCUGCACCUAUUGCAACCCCCUGAGUGUGGGAUUAACUCCAUUAUUGAUGCUGCCCUUGCUCCACCAGGAACAUCAGGAGCUUACUUUUUUGGGGGAAAAGGUAGGACUAUCAACUCUUCCGCACUUUCAAGAGACGCUAAAUUAGCACGUGAGCUUUGGGAAACUACAUGUAAACUGCUAUCGGUGACCCCUUUUGGUGUUGAGACAAACACGUUAGCAUUGGAUCUCAUGUCAUGUCGUAAAAAAAAUGAAUAGGCGGUGCUUGCCUCGUGUAGAUAGAUACUAGUAUUUCAUACGAAGUUAUGAGGUUCUUAAUGUAGAUAUUAUAUAUACAAGUAUAAAAUUAUU